GCCACUAAUUCUGGACGAUCACAAUUACUUUUUGGAUGAGGAAACAGAAAUAGCGCCCCAUCUGAUGCCUCCGCCGAGAAUGGUUGAUGCUGAUGGUGCCGUCUAUGAGGAUGACAUACAAGCGCUGGUACCUGGACGCGACCUUUCGAUAAAAGAUGACAACAAUGGCGAAGAGCUUGAUCCACCGUGGUUAAACCGCCAGAUGGUGCGCGCUUUGCCAAGAUCAGUUAUUGAAGCUACAAAUCUCCGCUUAACCGAAUUACGGCACCGCGAAGAAAAUGUGCUGGAGCGUGAGAUGAGCCGUGUACAGCCA